AUGAGCCCCAUGAUGCAUGUCUUUCACGUAUUGCAUGAUAACAACAUUCUUCAUAACAACCUGCCAUAUUAUGCUAACAGACAAGAGGAAUUCGCUAAUAAAUGUCCUCUCAACGAUGAAGAAUUAACAUCUGAGAGUUUUGCGUUCCGUUCUGGGGAGAGUGUUUAUAAUAGCGUCGAAAUGCGGGGACGACAUGUCGAUUCUUAUUCCAUGUACAAGCGUGGUACCAGAGACCACGUAAUCAAUACCUAUAACUAUGACAAAGAACAAGUACGAUUGCUGAGUGGAGUGGGGAAAGAUAUUGGAAACCCGUCUUGGAAACGAUCAUUCCUACUCCUGGCAGCCUUAUCUUCCUUCUUAUUUGGUUAUCAUCUUGGAGUAGUUAAUGAAACACUAGAGAGUAUGUCACAUGACCUUGGUUUUCAUGGGGAUACCAUGGCUGAAGGUCUGGUUGUAAGUACAUGUUUAGGGGGUGCCUUUGUUGGAUCGCUGUUCAGUGGUUUGAUCGCAGAUGGGGUUGGGCGUCGUAGGGCAUUCCAGCUGUGUGCUUUACCUUUGAUAAUUGGAUCUUCAAUGAGUGCAACGGCAAAAAACCUUUGGGGCAUGCUUCUAGGGUGGUUAUUUGUUGGGACUGGAAUGGGUAUUGGCCCGCCUGUCACAGCUCUUUACGUGGCAGAGGUUUCUCCUGCUUAUGUAAGAGGUACAUAUGGAAGCUGUAGUCAACUUGCAACAUGCUUAGGAUUGAUGGGUGCUCUAUUUAUCGGGUUCCCUGCUAAGCAAAUUGAGGGUUGGUGGCGCAUGUGUUUCUGGGCGUCUGUUGCUCCUGCUGCUCUACUUACUCUUUUUCUGGAGUUUUCUGUAGAAAGUCCCCAUUGGCUUUUCAAGAGAGGAAGAGGUGCUGAUGCUGAAGCUGAGUUUGAGAAACUUUUGGGAGGACCAUAUGUCAAGAGUGCAAUGGCUAAAUUGUCAAAGUCACAAAGAGGGGAUGAGGCUGAUACAGUCAAGCUCUCGGAGCUAUUUUAUGGCCGUCAUCGCAAAGUUGUUUUCAUGGGAUCUUCCCUUUUUGCUUUACAACAGCUCUCUGGUAUAAAUGCUGUUUUCUAUUUCUCAUCGACUGUCUUUAAAAGUGCUGGUGUACCCUCAGAGUCUGCAAACAUAUGUGUGGGAAUUGCCAAUUUGUUAGGAUCACUUUUUGCAUUGGUUUCAAUGGAUAAACUGGGAAGGAAGGCUCUCCUCAUUGCAAGUUUUUCAGGCAUGGCAGUGGCUAUGACUAUUCAGGCAACUUCCGCUAGUUCCUUAGUCUCAGGCAGCAGUGUAAUUUAUCUCUCUGUUGGAGGCAUGCUGUUGUUUGUCUUGACCUUUGCUAUGGGUGCUGGACCGGUGCCUGGUCUCCUCCUAUCAGAAAUGUUUCCUAGUCGGGCUAGGCCUAAGGCGAUGUCAGUUUGCAUGGCUGUCCACUGGAUGAUAAAUUCCUUAGUGGGUCUGUUGUUUUUGCGAUUACUGGAGCUGCUUGGACCGUUAGUCCUGAAUACAAUUUUCGCCACCUUCUGUUUGCUGGCUGUAAUAUUUGUAAAGAAAAAUGUGUUGGAAACUAAAGGAAAAUCACUUCAAGAUAUUGAAAUUGCACUUCUUCCACCAGUAUAGAGGUUUCAGUUUCUUGUAGAAAAUUUGAUAUUCCAUAUAGUAUUAAUAAUGAGUUAGCAUAAAUUAUUUUAUUUUA